AUGUACAAGGAAAGAAUGAAUACACAAGUAGAAGUGGCAUCCACACGGAAAUGUUUUGUAUGUGAGGUGUGUGGCAAGGAAUUGUCUCUAAAGAGUCACGUCAGCAUUCACAUGAGACUACAUACGAAGGAGAAGCCAUUCACAUCCAAAAGCGACCUAGUAAAACACGUUGACAUACAUACAAAGAAGAAUCCAUACACCUGUGAGAUUUGCACCAAGGCCUUUCCAUAUAAAUUAAGGUUUUUGAGCCAUAUGAUCAUGCACACAGAGGAGAAACCAUACAGCUUUGAAAUUUGCAACAAAACCUUUUCACGGAAAAGUUAUCUGGUGAGGCACAUGAGAGUUCAUACGAAGAAAAAGUUGUAUCACUGUGAAAUUUGCAAGAAGACCUUUCCUGAGAGAAGUCAGGUUGUAACACACAUUAGCAUACACAGAAAAGAGAAAUCAUACAACUGUGAGAUUUGCAACAGUGCCUUCUCAUGGAAAGAAAAUCUGGUGAAGCACAUGAGAGUACAUACAGAGGAGAAACCAUACAGCUUGACUCAUAUGAGAGUACAUACAAAAGAGAAGCCAUACAACUAUGAGAUUUGUAAUAAGGCCUUCUCACAUAAAAUUAGCCUAAUGACACAUAGGAGAGUACAUACAAAGGAGGAGCCAUACAGUGAUUUGCAAUAA